ACGUGGUCCAGGUUGAUUUAUAGAUAAAUUGGUAAAAUGUUGAGCGGAAUAAAGCAUCGAGACUUCCGAUAGCGCUUGAAAAGGACAAUCUUUUAUAGGUAAUGGGUAAGUAAGAUCGUCGUCGUUCUUGGCCGUAGGUGGAACAGAAGAAAAAACAAAAGUAUUGAAGAAAACGAGAAAUAAUUCAGUUUUUCUAAAAUAUUUUUAUGGUUUUUAUUUUUUUUUUCCAAAAAAAUAAUUGAAAUCUUCUAUAAUAACGAAUUGUUUAUAUCUUUGUCAUAGAGACUUGCAGACAGAUUCAUUUUUACGAAAUUUAAGGAAAAGACGAUGGUUAAACAUUUAUCCAGUUUGAUGCAAUAUGAAUGGAUCAAGAACUAAUUCUCAGUUUCUUGCAGACAUGAAUUUUCGGUACGAAGUUUUGCCUAACGGAGCUCAGCAGUUGAUAUGGCAGGGCUAUACGUACCAUAAAAAUACAUCAACUGUCAGAAAAACCUACUGGCGGUGUGUGCACGCAGGCCGACUCAAAUGUAAAGCCACGGUUGUGACCGAAAACGGGCUUUCGGUCUGCAUUAAAAAUCCUGUUCACAACCAUGUUCCCAUGAAGAGACUGCUCUACGGCAUGGGGAAAAAUAAUAAGCGAAAUUUGAAAAAUCGGCCACUGUUUGACAGCUUUAGAAUUAGCGAAUAAAAUUUCAAACAAUUUAUCAAUUAAUUUCGUUUUUUUUUGUAUAUGGGCUAUAAGAAAGAACUCCUCAACUGUUGAACGGAUUUUUUUUAUUCAUUUGCAACGUUUGAUCUCUUUGCAGCAAUCUUUCUGGCCGUGAGCACUCGACAACAAUUGUUAAUGCUUCGGAACAAGAUCUAUAUGAAAACCAUUGGCCGGGCUUACAGAAGCAUAUUCUCCUGCAUCGAGUACAACUGUCCCGGUCAGCUGAUGUUCCUUGAGCUGAAGGGAGGUCAGAUCAAAAUUAUGUCCGAGCACAACGGCGACUGCUCCUGUGAUUACUAUAAGGAUCGCCCGGCCGAUUGUUUGGGACAACUCAGCAAAGCCGAAUUGACGAAGUUGGAGGAAUCGCUGAUGAGCCAUAGUUUCAACGAUACCUUGACAACAAUUUAAUGUUUGAGAAACGGAAGAUUUUUACUGGUCUUAACCGAAAUAGAUGAUAGUUGUUUCAAUAGGCCUUUCUUAUUCACUCCAUUAUAGAUAAAAGAAAAAUAACUUUUAAUCAAGACUCCUUUUUUUCUAUAAACAGUCUCUAUUUUGCUGAAUAAUAAUUAUCCUCGCUACAAUUUUAUAAAAAGUGUUUUAAAAAUAAGAAUCAAAAUUUAAAUAAUGUUCCACAAUUGAUACGUGCUUCCAUUUAUUACAGCAGCAUUUGACCAGGAUUGGAGACAGCCGUUAGUGGUUCUUAGCAGAGCUGGAGCGCUGCAACUGCGCUACAGGGGACACACCUUCAACAAGCACGUAGCCCGUGGAGUGAAGGUUUAUUGGAGAUGCACGCAGCAUUUGGUAUACAAGUGCAAAGUACGAAUCAAAACCGUGGAGGAUUCAUUCUCUGUCAGCAAGAACGAACAUAAUCAUCCCAUAGUGAACGGACCUCGGGCGUACGGAACGUUAAAACUGUUGAAGCAACAACUAGGACAUAUACAAUUUUUUUAAUAAGCAAAUAAGACGAAUGUAUUCGUUAUAACGAAAAUUAGUCAUAAUUAGCGAACACGAUUUGCAGUCAUUGUCAAGUGUCAAAAUUGCAUCAGCUCACAAACUACAAACUGUUGGUAACCGACUAACCGAUUUAUUGUAAUUCCAGUCACAAAAAACUAGUCAGACGUCGAAAAAAAAGUGAAUGUCUGAAAAAUCGGACAGAUUUUUUACGGUGCAUAAUGGAGUAAAGUUUUUCAACUGAACUGAACUGGAAAUACCAUCCUUGCACGGAUAUGGUCACGAAACUGCACCCAACGUCGAUGAAAUACAGCCAAAACCUGUUGGUCCAUCAGAUCUAGUACUGCAUAUGUUCGACUGUAUCAUAACAAAGACACUAAAUAUAAAAAAAUAUACCAAAUUAAAAAAUAUUCACUUUGUAUGCUACAUAAUAAAUUUAUGCUGAACAGUUUUUUUAAUCAACAACCCUAUUUACAUUCCAGAAAUAUAUUUCACCAAAUCGAGCCGUGGUCGUCCGGCGAUCAUCAUCGAUGGUAUCAAGUACUUGUUCAUGUCGGAGAAUCACAAACGGGUGGUUUGGCGGUGCUCAUCGAUGGCCACCAGCAAACUCAAGUGUCCGGCCCGGAUAUUGCAGUACAAGAACCCCGAACGGUUUGUCAUCCAUCGCGAAAAGCACGUCCAUGCACCGCUGAAGCGCCACAAGGUGGCGUUCUACGCGCAGGAAAUGUUCGAAGUUGUGGAAUGAGAUGCAUGUACUACCAGCAACAACCCACUGUGACUAACAUUAACGGACAGGUGCUCACCUACCGGAGCAGCCAGAAGGGUCGCCUCCAGUUGGCCUGCGAUGGGUUCUACUACGUCAAGGAGAAAACUGUGAAACAGAAGGAAUACUGGCGCUGCAUCUACUACACCACCAAGAUAAAGUGCCAUGGGCGGUUGCACACCUUGAACGGAGAAGUUGACCACAGCACGCCCCAUAACCAUGCGGCCAAAGUUUUCAAACGAUCGGACUAUGGCCGUCUAUCGGAAAUUAUCAUACCGCCGAAUACGUCAGCAUCAUCAACCGCGCAGGAAUCGUUUUCUUCAAUUCACAUAGAAAGUGUAGCAAAAAUAGAGCCAUUUUAUAAAUAAAAUUCAGACUAUAUCUAAUCUUUUAUGUUA